AUGCGGGAUAAGAAGAAAUUAAAGGAUGACGAGAGGAUCGAGGAGACAAUUCGAUCUCUUAUCAAACUUCCCGGAAAUAAAAGAUGCAUCAAUUGCAAUCUUUUGGGUCCCCAAUAUGUUUGUACCACUUUCUCGACUUUUGUUUGCACCACCUGUAGCGGAAUACAUAGGGAAUUCACUCAUAGGGUGAAAUCAGUAUCAAUGGCCAAAUUCACCGAAGAAGAAGCGAGUGCUCUUCAAGCAGGAGGGAACGAGCGAGCAAGACAAAUUUACUUUAAGACAUGGGAUCCUCAACGCAAUUCUUUACCCAAUUCCAGUGACCUUCCUAUGCUCCGAAAUUUCAUCAAGAAUGUCUAUGUGGAUAAGAAAUACACUGGUGAGACGCUUCCAAAUCCGGGAUUGCGAUACAUAGCGCAAUCCCCUGAAAAGAAGAAGGUCAUCGUGUUUACUAGAUCCAAAACUACCCUUCAUGAGGGUAGACAAGAAUAUGGAGGAUCUAGUCCUGCUGGAAGAAGUGGUGCUGUUAGGGUUAUCUAUACUGAACCAAGAAGUCCUCGACUUCCCAAAGAAAAUUCUAGAUAUGAAUUUUCACCUAGAAACCAUCGGCAAAUUGAGAUUAUCGAUAACAGGAGCCGACAUGAUGGUCCUGGAAAUGCCAUACGAAAAGAUAACCACAUCAUUCCAAAGAGCAAACAUGUGAGAAGCAGGUCAUCUGACCACCUAGAUAGGUUUGUUUCUCCAGUGGUGCGCCCCAUUAGAGAUAUUUUGGGAGAGAACGUUCCUGCCUUACAGGUGGGUGAACAUUCAAAAGAAAAAUCUAGAAGUGACCCUGAUGCUCCUGCUCAAGACCAGAACUCAUCAUCAUCUAGUGGCAUGGAAAACUUGAUUGAUUUCAGCAUGGAUGCUCUGCCGCUUAAUGCUGAGGCAGCACCACAUCUGCUGCCAGUGCCGCCGUCAAGUGACGGUGGUAACCAGACAGAUGAACUCUCCUCAAAGGGAAAAGCACCUCCCGCAUCCAAUGCAAACCCCUUGGAUCUUUUACUAUUUGAUCUUUCAGCUCCCUCAGUGGUACCUGUUGAUAAUGUCACAGCAAUACCAGGCACUGCAGGUGCUCCCUCGACUGCAUCUGGACAGAAAAUUUCAUUGAACAUUAUUUCUCCAGCAACACCUGAGGGACAUAUCUUAGCAUCGACAAGUAAAAAAGGCUCCUCACCAGUUCCAACAUCUAUCAAUGUCCCACAAGUACAAUCUCCUUACGGGAAUGUCUUUCCCAGCAUGCAAAAGCAUCAGUCUUCCAUGUUUUCUGCUUCUGAUAGUAGCUUUUCUGCAGAACAAAGUCCUCGAACAGUUGAAACAUUGAAUAACCAGCCUGGUAUGUUGUUGCCAAUGCAAAAUGCUCAACAAUCUUCCAAUUUAUCUACUGAACAAUUUUCCGAUGCCACGUCAAAAUCAGCUGAAGAAACUAGUUCUAAAGACAGAGUGCAGCCUCUUUCAGCAGAAACAAAGUCAAGUGGAAGAAAGGAACUUCCACAGGAUCUCUUUACUGAAAGCUAUGGAUCCUCCCCUGGUAUGUUCGAUGCCCAUUUCUCAGGAAAAGCAUCUCAUUCAUUGCAUUUUGCAUCUAAGAUGACUCCAGAAUCAUUUUUCACAUUCGCAAUGCCUUCUAGUAAACUCUGUUCUCUUCUAAUCGUGCUAAAAGUUCGAUAUUAA